CACUUAACGUCCAGAGGUGGUGCGAACGAGAAUCAUGUUCUUGACGGCGAUUCUUUUCGUUUCGGUGACACUGCUGGUCCUGAAAUUGUUUAGGCUGGCGACUCACUGGAACGACAAGGGUAUCCCUCAUGAAUCGUUCCUGGAGGCCCUGCAUCGGAGUCUCUGGAAAAACACUGUCCGCAACCCGUUCGACAACUAUGACGAUGCUGUUCGUAAGCACGGCAGAAUUUUCGGAUCCUACCGAGGUCUGAGUGCAGUGCUCGUGGUGUCCGAGUUGAACGCUGCCAAGGAAGUUUUCAUCAAACAAUUCCCAAAUUUCUACCAACGGACUUUCGAUAUCCCAGUCGGGGACAAACUAUGGGACAAUCUCCCGGGUACACUGCCCCACGAUGAUUGGAAAGUAGUGCGCAGUUUGCUCGGGUACUCUUUCACGGCUUCGAAACUCAAGGGUAUGAUUCCCAAAUUCGACCGGAUUGCCAAGAGGAGCGUCGCUCACUUAGAGAAGAUCGCGAGAACAACAGAAAACGAAAUAAUUCUGAACCGAUCCAUCAAAGCCUAUGCUUUGGACUCGGUGGUGGCUGCUGCGUUCGGGGUGGAUUUGGAGAGCGAAGACAACCCGAAUAGUCCGUUCAUUAAGCACGCAAGCGAUCUCUUUAACCCUAGCUUCGGCACGUAUCUCUUCAUGUUCGCUCCGAGACUGCUGAAAUAUUGUCCCUUCGCCGGCUUCCCUCCGAAGGCUACUUCGGAGUUCUUCAAUAAAUUCGGAAAACGAAUCUUGGACGAGAAGAGAGCAAACCUCGAUCAAACGAUCAAGAACGGCACCGCAGACAUUCUGGACAAUUUGCUGAUCGCUCAGAGAGAAGAUCCAAGCUCUAUAAUUACUGAUGAUGUUCUCACCUCCCAGGCAUUCAUUUUUUAUCUGGGAGGGGUCGACACGACGGUCGUUACUCUUGAAAUGACAACUUUUUUCAUGACGAUCCAUCCGGAAGUUCAGGAUAAGGUCGUGGAGGAAAUCGAGCAAGUCAUGGGGAACCGGGAUCAAGUCGAAUAUGACGAUGUCCAGAAAAUGAAAUACCUGGACGCCACCAUCCAAGAGUCGUUAAGAUUCUAUCCCAUCUCGUUUUUGAUAGACCGCUUUUGCAACAAAGAUACGACUGUCGCGGGAGUGCCGAUUAAGACAGGAACGAUCGUCGAGGUGCCGAUUCGCUCCAUGCACUUCGACCCAGAGCUCUUCCCAGAACCGGAGAAAUUCAUGCCGGAACGUUUCCUGAAAGAAACCUCCCAAGAUGGAGCUGUCCAAGGAAUCUUGACUUUCGGAGAAGGUCCCAAGAACUGCGUCGGAAGACGGCUAGCAACUAUGAACGUGCAGGUUCUGUUGGCGAACAUGCUGAGAAAAAUUAAACUUGAAGCUUGUGAGGCGACUCCGAAAUCCCUUAAGCUCAAGGGAGGUAUGAACUUUACGAACGUCUCCGAAAAGCCUCUAGUUCUGAGAGUGACUCCUUACAGAGGAAUGAUGGGACUUCUCCUGAUUGGGGCCUCCGUCACUGCCCUUGCAGCUCUAUGGGGCAUCUACGGGGAUGCUGACCUAAGUACCCUGAUCGCCCACAAUAUUUGGCACAACAGAAGGAACAAAUACAGAGGCAAAGUCAUCUGGAUCACUGGAGCAUCUUCGGGCAUCGGGGAAGAGGUGGCAUAUGCCUUCGCUCGCCUCGGAUGCAAGAUAGUCAUCUCAGGAACUCGGAUAGCAGAACUGGAGCGAGUUCGAAACAAAUGCGAGAUGCUCUCGUCGGAGUGCCGGGUGAAAAUUCUCUGCGGUGACAUUUCAGACACGAAGAGGCAUCCAGAGUGGCUCCAAGAAGUGACGGAUGCUUUCGGCGAAGUACACGUCUUGGUUAACAACGCAGGAAGGUCGCAGCGGUCGAAUUUCGAAAAGAUUCCGGAGACGAUUGAGCGCGAACUCUUCGACGUGAAUGUCUUUUCGGUCAUGUCCCUGACGAGAGUCGUCGUUGCGCGAUGGCUCGAGAAAGACCUGAGGGACCGCGAGAUCUUGGUCACAUCCAGCACUGCAGGGAAGAUCGGAGCCCCGUUGUCGGCCACUUACUGCGCUAGCAAACACGCUCUUCACGGGUUUUUCGAAGGUCUUCGUUCGGAACUCUCCUGCCGGGAAUUUCCCAUGCGGAUCUCUUUGGCGUGUCCGGGGCCGGUCCGCUCGAACAUAAGGGUUUCGGCAUACACUGAUACGGUUGGACAGCAAUACAAUAUGCCCGAUACCGCCGGACAGAAAAAUCUCAUGGAAACGGCCCGCUGUGCUCAGCUGAUGGUCUCGGGUUUGGCGAGCGGGCUCGACGAGAUGUGGAUCUGCCGUCAGCCCGUCUUGAUCGUUUACUAUCUGGCUCAGUACAUGCCGUCAGUGAUGCGGAUGUAUCUGCUGAAGUUGUUCAUGAACAAGAACACUCUCAGAGUGAGAGACGGACACUGAGGCGAAAUCACCCUCGAAGGUCGGAUCAUAUCCUAUGCUCGAUGUAACCGAAACAAGAAAAAACACUCGAAUAAAAU